CGGAGCUACCGGGUGGCACGACGCGGGAGUUUCCACCGCUUCCUGCGCUCACGCCACCCUCGAGCUGCACGUCCAGCCGCAAAGGCGCCCCCGCCGCGCGCCCCGACGGCGCCCGCCCGCCUACCGGCAGAGGCUGGAGUGAGUGCGGCGGCAUGCUGGCGCUGCUGGUCGCCAGCGUGGCGCUCGCUGUGGCCGCCGGGGCUCAAGACGGCCCGGCGGCCGGCAGCCGCUUCGUGUGCACGGCGCUGCCCCUGGAGGCGGCGCGCGCCGGCUGCCCGCUGCCCGCGAUGCCCAUGCAGGGCGGCGCGCAGAGCCCCGAGGAGGAGCUGCGGGCCGCGGUGCUGCAGCUGCGCGAGACCGUCGUGCAGCAGAAAGAGACGCUGGGCGCGCAGCGCGAGGCCAUCCGGGAGCUCACCGGCAAGCUGGCGCGCUGCGAGGGACUGGCGGGCGGCAAGGCGCCGGGCCGGGCGGCCUCCGGUAAGGACACCAUGGGCGACCUGCCGCGGGACCCCGGCCACGUCGUGGAGCAGCUCAGCCGCUCGCUGCAGACCCUCAAGGACCGCCUGGAGAGCCUCGAGCACCAGCUCCGAGUGAAUGUGUCCAACAGCGCAGUGCUGCCCAGCGACUUCCGAGAGGUGCUCCAGCGGCGGCUUGGGGAGCUGGAGAGACAGCUGCUGCUCAAGGUGGCAGAGCUGGAGGACGAGAAGUCCCUGCUCCACAAUGAGACCUCGGCUCACCGGCAGAAGACUGAGAGUGCCCUGAACGCGCUGCUGCAGAGGGUGACAGAGCUGGAGCGAGGCAACAGCGCGUUCAAGUCACCCGAUGCGUUCAAAGUGUCCCUUCCCCUCCGCACAAACUACCUGUAUGGCAAGAUCAAGAAGACGCUGCCCGAACUGUACGCCUUCACCAUCUGCCUGUGGCUGCGGUCCAGUGCCUUGCCGGGCAUCGGCACCCCGUUCUCUUACGCAGUGCCCGGGCAGGCCAACGAGAUCGUGCUGAUAGAGUGGGGCAACAACCCCAUCGAGCUGCUCAUCAAUGACAAGGUCGCACAGCUGCCUCUGUUUGUCAGUGAUGGCAAGUGGCACCACAUCUGUGUCACCUGGACAACGCGAGACGGCAUGUGGGAGGCUUUCCAGGAUGGGGAGAAGCUCGGCACUGGGGAGAAUCUGGCCCCCUGGCAUCCCAUCAAGCCAGGGGGUGUGCUGAUCCUUGGGCAGGAGCAGGACACUGUUGGGGGCAGGUUUGAUGCCACGCAGGCAUUUGUCGGGGAGCUCAGCCAGUUUAACAUAUGGGACCGCGUCCUUCGUGCACAAGAAAUUGUCAACAUCGCCAACUGCUCCACCAACAUGCCAGGCAACAUCAUCCCCUGGGUGGACAACAACGUCGAUGUGUUUGGAGGGGCUUCAAAGUGGCCUGUGGAGACCUGUGAGGAGCGUCUCCUUGACUUGUAGCCACCUCCUCCUCUUUCCAGGAGGCCAGGGGUCAGACUGUUCCUGUCAGAAGUGCAGGGUCACCUACUUGCCCAAUUAUACUGUGUUUAACCUCCUGCUGGAAUGGGCUGGCCCACCCCAAAAGCCCAUUCCUGGGGAAUCCCUAAGACUGAGGCUCUCUGGCAGCAUUUGUUACCAGCUAUUUGUUCCCAACCAAGAUUUUGUUGCUGUUUCGGAGGAAGAAGCCCUGGGCUGCAGGUGGGCAAGUAUCUGACUUCCUGCCAUGGAUAGGGGGUUAAAGCCCUUCAGGCCCUGCUCAGAACCACUGUAAAUGCUAGCACACCCAGUCUUGCCUGCCCUCUUGGAUCCUUGGUGUCCUGUGUGCACCUUCUGUCUGUCUCCUUUAACGGCUGUACAGCCAUUCUGGUGGAGUGGCUGUGUCCCUUGUGUGUUGAGUACAUCCUGCUAUCCACUGAGCACACAGCCAAGUAGCACCCCCUUGCCCCCGAAGGCCCUUUCUUGUUGUGCUUCAUGCUGUGAGGAACUCUUAAGUUCAAGGAGGAGGGAGGCUGUCCAGACCACGCCCUGCCUUCUCCAAGGUGGAGGGGGCGUCCGUGGCUCCAGAGGGAACUGUGAGCAGGAACUCGAAUGGAGAAGGACCGUGGCAGCUGCCCCUUCCCUGCCGUCACCUCUCCCUCUGAUGGAAUCACUGCUGGAUAUGGCUCUGAAAGGCCUCUCCUCCACUGGUGCCAAAAGUCCAGUUGCAGCUUUUACAACCAUUCAGUAUGGUUCAGGGGCUAUAUUUUUCCCCAGCAGAAAAGAACAGCCAUUAGCAGGCUCCCAGUUUUGAUGUCUCUCCUGACUGUGAGGAAUGUGCUGGUUUUAUUCAUGUUGAUCCCUGUAAGCAUUUGACUGUCUCAAGUAUUUCCCCCAGAAGUUUUUCAGGUAUCCUGCAACUGACACUUGCUUAGUGACUUCAGGCUGCUUAAUGUCUUGGACAGAGGUAAUUAUUUUAAAGAUAAAGUAAGUGGGGAAAUUUAUAAAGCUAAAUAUUAUAUAUUUUAUUUUUCAUACAUGUUUGAAGUGCAAAUCUGUGGAAAUUCCAUGUGUGGGACCCAGUCGACAUGCCCAUCCUGACAUUGUAUGCUACAAGAACUCUGCUGGUGAUGGAAUUUGAUUAAAGUGCAUUGGAAGAUG